AGCCCUGGCAAACAUUAAAGGACAACACCAGUGCGCUGCUAUCGUAUGUCCAUGUGUCAUGAAAAGUGGGGCUGCGGUGCGGGGUUGGCUGGCAAAUAACUUGGGCACGAGGGGUUUGAUGUCUUUAAAAAGAGCAUCCCUUCUUCUUGUCACCCGGGUUGCGUGAGCUCAGCUGACGGCUGCACGCAAUGGAGCUUCCCCAGCUGGAACACGCGGUGAGACGCAGCAGGUGUGACAGCAGCACAGCAUCAGUGCCGCAGCUCUGCAACUCUCCUACACUCAUCGUCAUGGUGGGCCUGCCAGCCAGAGGGAAGACCUACAUCUCCAAAAAGCUCACCCGCUACCUGAACUGGAUCGGAGUUCCCACAAAAACGUUCAAUGUCGGCCAGUACCGGCGGCAGGCCGUCAAGAUCUAUGACAACUUUGAGUUCUUUAAACCCGACAACGAGGACGCCAUGAAGAUCCGCAAGGCCUGUGCGGCAGUCGCCCUCAGAGACGUCGCUACGUACUUUGCAAAUGAGGAAGGUCAAGUGGCGGUUUUUGAUGCCACUAACACCACCAGGGAGAGAAGGGCAGUCAUCCUCAGUUUUGCCAAAGAGAAAGGCUACAAGGUUUUCUUUGUGGAGUCAAUCUGUGAUGACCCAGAAAUAAUUGCAGAGAAUGUCAAGCAAGUGAAAUUUGGGAGUCCAGAUUACGUGAAUCGCAGCAUGGAGGAAGCCAUGGAAGACUUUCUGCAGCGCAUUGAGUGCUACAAGUCAAGCUACAUGCCGAUAGACGAUGAGAAAGACAGGAAGCUCUCCUACAUCAAAAUCUACGAAGUGGGUAAAAGGUACCUGGUGAAUUUUGUCCAGGACCACAUACAGAGCAGGAUCGUCUACUACCUAAUGAACAUCCACGUUGCGCCGAGGUCCAUCUACCUGAGCCGCCACGGGGAGAGCGAACUCAAUCUUCUCGGUCGAAUCGGCGGAGAUUCUUGUUUGUCCUCCAGAGGACAUGAAUAUGCUGCUGCUUUGAAGACCUUCAUCCAGAGUCAGAAAAUCCAUGACCUGAAGGUGUGGACCAGCCACAUGAAGAGAACCAUCCAGACUGCACACACUCUGGGUGUCCAGCAUGAGCAGUGGAAAGCUCUCAAUGAGAUAGACGCAGGCGUAUGUGAGGAGUUAAGUUAUGAGGAGAUACAGGAGCAUUUCCCCGAAGAGUUUGCGCUGAGGGACCAGGACAAAUUCCGUUACCGUUACCCCAAGGGUGAGUCCUAUGAAGACCUGGUCCAUCGUUUGGAGCCCGUCAUCAUGGAGCUGGAGAGGCAGGAGAAUGUUCUGGUCAUCUGCCACCAAGCUGUCAUGCGCUGCCUCUUGGCCUACUUCCUGGACAAACCUGCAGACGAGCUCCCCUAUCUGAGAUGCCCUCUCCACACCGUGCUCAAACUCACACCAAUAGCCUACGGCUGCAAAGUGGAGCCAUUUUACCUCAAUAUCGAGGCAGUCAACACACACAGAGAGAAACCUACGAACGUGGACGUCAGCAGAAACCCAGAGGAAGCUCUGCAGACGGCUCCUGAUCACAUUUAAACUAAGGGCCCCGCGAACGGCAAAGAUACGAUACUGAUGACCUGUUGGACCUCAUUGUGUGGAAUCCACACAGCGGUUGCCUGCGCCUCAACCUUCUUCCUGUGACGAGCUGCGUGAAAUACUGUACACUACAUUAAUGUGUAGCAGCUGGAAGGUUGAUUGUGCGACGACACUUUCUACAUAACUUGUAAAUAUGUAGUCCAAAAGGCAAAUGCUAUCUUGCAGGGAUCGGUUCUCGUCUGUCAGAGCAUGGCCGUCCUGGGCUGUCCCAACUGCGCUCACGUCUACUUGACACCUACUGUCCGUUAUGUUAUGGCUUUUGUGAGCACGCUCAUGUGUACUCAUGUUUACUACUGAGGUAUUUGCUGAUAUAGUUUUCUUUUUUUUUUUUUUUAAAUGAAACAUUUGUUUUAUUCUCUUGUUCAUUCUGUUUUGUAAUGUAUGAUGCACAGUGUCCUUGGGGGCCUCAAAACGCUCUCAGAUUUUUUUUUUUAUUAUUAUUAUUAUCAUUAAAAACAUAACAGAACA